CGCUGUGUUAGAGAAAAGUCAAAAAGAUCAGUGCUUUUUCGUAUUUCCCCCGUGAAAGUUGCUUUGUGUGUGAAUUUCACGAGGUGCCCCGUGAGUGCUGCUCCGUGAGUUCGUGAAAGUACGUAAUGUGGAGUAAUUGUGCAUAUUUUGUGUGGUAAUAAUAUUACAAUCACAACAAGAAGAGAAAGAGAAAUAAAAGAAGUGAAGGCGUCCGUCCAAAGAACAACAACUCUCUCAUUGCAAUCAUCUCACAAGAACCUGCUUCUGCAAAUUGCUGGAUAUGCGCACUUUAAUUGUUCGGGGAUUGGAUUAAAUUGCGCCGUGGACGCAAAAUUAUCCACAGCAAAGAGUUAUUUGGAUUACCUGCAAAUGGUGUGAGAGUGGUGUGUGUCCAUUGAAAUGACGUAAUAUUCAUAAAUUCCAACUCGCUAAAUUCACGCUUCCUCGGCGCUUUCCAACGCCACAAAAUGCCACCGAAGAAAACACCUAGAAUUAUUCGAGGUAAUUUCCUCGUGAAACCCCUUCGCGGGUCAAUAUCCCACACAAGUUUUCUGGUUCAUUUUUCGACAAAAAUGUCGUUGGCAAGGUCUCUGCUGGCUUGACUGGAUGUCCGGAACGCUGGCGUUCUGGCCAAAUUCUCUCUGUGUGCGACCAUCGAUGGUCGCCAUAGAGACAAAGAAAAUCAACAAAAAAUAAAUUAUACUUACUCUGUGGUAUGUGAGCAUCAGUCAACAACGAAAAAUCUCCAGGAGACACCGACAACGAGAAGAGAAUUUAAUGAGAAUGCGUGAAAGAGAAAUAUUCCUCAAGUGUUAAAAAGAGAGAGAUAAGAAAAGGUCUAAAAAGAAAAAAAAAAAGUAGUAAAGAAGCCGGGUGAAAAGAGAAGUGUAUUAAAUGGUAUUAUAGAAAGAAAAACACCUACAUACCUGUAGCAUUCCAAGUGUGUUGUGCUCUUAAAUUUAUUCUAAAAAUUGUGUGUAUUAUAUCAAAAGAACUGAAAGAGGAACUCAAACAGAGCAUGACAAAGUGUCGAGCAACGCAUUGAGUGAGACCCAUUUUUCUCAAAAUACUUAGUGGUGGUUACAGAGUCUGAUAAGAAAGAGGUGCAAAAUGAAAGUGACAGUGUCUUUUGGUACAUGCCGCAUUGUGGUGCCCUGUGGAAAUGGAGAUCUCCUUGUGAAGGAUUUAAUUGACGAAGCAAUAAGGCGAUAUAAAAAAGCUUCCGGAAAGGAUCCACAUUCAUGGGUGGUGGUGCAUCAUUUACAAUCACAGUCAGGGAUUCUCGAUCCGGAUGACUGUGUGAGUGACGUAGCGGAUGAUAGAGAGCAAAUUUUGGCUAGUUUCGACGAUUGCCCAGAGCCAAAUGUACCGCAGGGGGGUGGUGAUGGUGCCAGUGGGAGUUCCGUGGGCACAGGAAGUCCUGACAUCUUCCGCGGUGUUAAUGGGGGGAAUCUCAAAAGAGUAUACCCAGAUGAAGCUGGGACUCAAGUGACGGAAUUGGCAAAGUACAGCGACAAUGCAUCCAAUGGUAGUCGAUCGCAUAUUGAAGUGACGGACAGUGUUAGUCCAUUGGGAUUGGGUUUGCAAGUACGGCGCAGCAGUGAUCCAUCCAUACCGCAGACACUUGCACAGAGUGAAUGUAAUCAGCGGAGCCCCCUUUGUCAGUGCCCAACGCACGAGAAGCAACAGCAGGAGUCAAUGAAGAGGUGGUCAGCAGCUCCUGUAUGCCGACGAGACACAGACUCACCCGCUGAGAGAAUUCUCACCAAUGUAGUGAACAAUGCAGCGAACUAUUUGACUCCACCGACAGCCCAGUGGCCCGAACCUCUUGUUGAGGCUGCAGAACCCCAUGGCACGAGUCCAGGGACGUCAUUUUCGCGCUCUGGAAGGCUAUCAAUGCAAUUUCUGGGUGAGACAGCUCCGGGAUACCGUUGGAUGGAAGCUGCUGAGAAAGCAGCAGCUAAUAUGAACCAAUCCACGAGUGCAUCAUUCAAUUCAAAGUCCCUCCCAAGAGAUCUAAAGCGAAAGGAGCCAUUGGGUCAAGCAUAUGAAUCGAUGCGUGACAAAAGGGACACCGAAAUGCUGCUAGUAAUCAACGAACAGGGUGGAGGACCUUUGGGAUUGACGGCCAUUCCGGAUCUUCUCAAUGGUGGUCUUUUGGUGCAGUCAGUGGAGCCCGGGAGUCGUGCAGAACGUGGGAGACUACAGAAGGGGGAUAGAAUUCUUGAAAUAAACGGCACAAAAUUAGCGGGAAUGUCUGAAAACAACCUCCAAAGCUAUCUCAAGAAGAGUCUCUCCUCGACAGAAUUGCGUUUUCGCGUAUCAACGGCAAAUCGAAAUGCCGCAAGAAGGAAUGAAGGCAAGGACGUGGGAGAUGGGGAGUAUAGAAUCCCCGCAAAAGUGGCCACUGUGUCACCAAAUCGUAAGACUGCCGGGACUCCAGCUACAAAUAGCCUUCAGGUGGCGAACACACGCAAGCUGGGUCGACGUAUUGAGAUUGCCCUGAAGAAGGGUGGCCAUGGAUUGGGAUUCAGUGUGACAACUCGAGACAAUCCCACGGGAGGACACUGUCCGAUCUAUAUAAAAAACAUCCUUCCACGGGGUGCGGCAAUUGAGAGUGGGAAGCUGAAACCAGGCGAUCGACUGCUUGAAGUUGAUGGUAUUGCCAUGACUGGGAAGACACAGUCGGAGGUUGUUAGUAUUUUACGUGCCACACAGCUGGGGGCGACGGUGAAUAUUGUUGUGUCGCGUCAGAGUGAUCUCGAGGAGAUUGAUGAGCGUGAAGUGCGGUAUGAGAUGGACAAGGAAAAUAACGAGGGAACUCCCCCGAAGCCACCACCUCCUGUUCUGCCACAGAAGCCCCAAAAGUCACCAUCAGUGAAGAGUUUGGGCCAAUCAGAGGGGAAAAAUUCUCUCGGGGGACAGAGUACAAAUUCAUCGUCAGCCGAAAGUUCAGCGGGAACGCUGUCAUGGAAGAAUAGAGAAAUUAUCACUCUCCACAUUCCUGUUCAUGAUACUGAAAGGGCAGGAUUGGGUGUGAGUGUGAAAGGCAAGACGGGUUCAAGUGGAAAUGGGUCCUUCAAUCGACAAACUGAUGGUGAUCUUGGAAUUUUUGUGAAGAGUGUUCUUCACGGUGGAGCAGCCUCUCGAGAUGGACGACUCAAGAUGAAUGAUCAACUUCUCAGUGUUAAUGGUGUGUCCCUAUUGGGUCAAAGUAAUGCCGAUGCCAUGGAGACUCUACGACGUGCAAUGCUACACACAGGGGGCAAAUUCCCCGGAGUCAUCACCUUGUCAGUUGCGAGGAAAAUUUCCCGACCCAGCAGUAUGGGGGAUCUCCUUGAAGUGGCAACAGGAUCAAAUGAUAGAGCCAAUGCAACAGUGAUUUACUUGAAUUGUGAACCACAGAAGAAUAGAAAAGAGGAAAAUACAGUUGUUGAAAUGUGGAACAAUCCCGUCGUGGAGAGGCUAACAGGUGGUGUUGAGAUGAAGCAACCAAUGGCUUCAUCAUCUCCAUACACUAUGCCAGGGCUACGCAAUGAGAGUUACUACAUGGCUACCAAAGAUACCAGCUGGAGCCCAUUGGCUGUUAACAGCAAUCACAUCAACAAUCGAAAUAACUCCAUUCUCAUUGAGGAAGAUUCAGAACCUACAUCACCGACUCUGCCAAAUCGUCCUCAGUACCAAUCAAUGGCAUCUGCAGACUCAAAUGCAACACUCACUUCGGGUGAUGUGACCUACUCGAGUCAAUUGUCAUUGGAACCACCAACUGGUGAGGCAUUUAGUAGAGAUGCAAUUGGACGAAGAUCAAUUUCUGAGAAGCACCAUGCAGCUCUGGAUGCAAAAGAAACGGGAACGUAUCAGAGAAAUAAGAAAUUGCGUGAGGAUCGUGAGAGGGAGAGAAAAGCCGCAAUGGCUGCAAGUGGUUCUGUAGACUCCCUGGGUAAAAUGGGUCGAGAUGCAAUAGUGAAGAAAGUCGGGAGUAAUUCCAAUGUACAACACGCAUCUGAGGCAAUGGAUCGCGUGACGGAUCUUGGACCAUCUCUGGGAUUGAAGAAAUCAUCGAGUCUUGAAUCUCUUCAGACGAUGGUUCAUGAAAUUCAAAUGGCCGACGAACCACGUGGACCUGUGGCAUUGCGUACGCCACGUGGACGGGGUAGAGAAGAGAUUCUCAGAGCAGCUGUGGAGUGUCCUCCAGAAAAUGAAUCUCGCAAACAGUGGCUCUUGGACUACGAUGGGCCAGCCAUAAAUCGAAAUAGUCCACUACAGUCGUCAGUGAGUAGUGGGAAGCAAAAGAGGAGCGGAAGUGGCAAAAAGUCGAGCUUGCUCAAGGGAAUUGGUCAUAUGUUCCGCUUCGGUAAGCACCGGAAGGAUGGAAUUGCUCCGGCGGAGACAAUGAAUACCUUUGACGGGCACCAAAAGCAUUCUCCGCAGAAGCGAGAAUUACCACCAAAGCCAUAUAGCGGUGAUAGACCUCUAGGGGGACCCCCAGGCUAUCAACCACCCCCAGCACCAAUUGCUGAAACAUCCACCGUCAACAAUGAUCACUUCUUCCAGCGCUACCGACCCGGUUUCAAAUACGACGAUCAUCAAGAGCAAAUGAGUUCUCCUCCUCCCCCUUCUGAUCAACUAUCUGAAUCUACACUCACACAGAUGAGGCAGCAAGUAAUGCACCAAAGAGUUAAAGUUGAAGAGGAAAGUCGAAAUCACCAACAAUAUCAGUCACAGCGCUCAACGCGCACUGUCAAUGCGUACCCAGUACGACAGAAUUCCUCGCGCCCCAUCUCCAGCUACUACGAGUACGAGACUCUCCAGUUCCCCACGGAUAGUCGGUCUGAAUGUGGCUGGAAGGGUGGCGCGGGAGCACCUGUUGCUGGACGGGGCAGACAGUGGAAUGGCGUGGGUGGAAGUACACGAAGUCGUGGUCCUUUCGUCACUCAAGUCACCAUUCGUCAGCCUCAACAUCCAAAUAAAACGCAAAAUUCCCAACCAUCGUCGAAGGUUUAACUGUGUGUCUGUUAACAAAUUGUAAGCAACAUUUAGGAGACGAUCUCGCAAAGUUUGGCAAAUUGUAUUUAAAAAAGAAAACACUUAAAUUAAUUUCUUUAGACUUAUAUUCUUACAUUAAAUGAAAAGACAUUGACGAAAAAAUUUAUUUGCAUUCCAUUGAUGAAGAAAGUUAUUUAGAUUAAAAAUUCCAGCAGUAUUUUUUGUGUACUUCUUUAGGAAUUCUUCAUUUUCCAUGCAUGUAGAAGUUGCGGGCACAUUUUCAACUACCACUCAUAUUAAAUUAUAAUAAAGUUAACCUCGAAUAAAAUAAUUAAAAUAGUGAAAAAGUAAUAUUAACCAUUAAAAAUGUUAUUGAAUUUGAACGCCAAUUAAAUUCACUUCAUUUUGCGAGGUGCUUGUUACAUUGAAGAAUUAGAAAAAAAAACAAAUAUUCUCUAAAGUGCUUUAGAUAUUGAAAAUCAUUAUUUUUUCAAUAUUGCAUACAGAUGAACAAAGAAAUGCUAUUAAAGUAAAUUAUUUUAUUAAAAUAAAACGUUCGAAAAGUGCUAGAAUUUUUUUUAGAAAAUCAAUAUACAUACAUAAAAGAAAGUUGCAGUGUCUUAUUAAAAAGAAAAUUGCCUUAGGAGUUAAAAGUAGGAAAAAUAACAGGAAAUAGCGCAUUUUUAUAUCAUUUUUUUUUCAGUAUAUUAAUUUAAAAGAAAAUUAUAAAAUGCGUAAUGCUAUGGUAAAACCAUCUAUUUUGCAUGUAAAAGUACUUAAUUAAUUUCCUAAUGAGAUUAACUUAAUUCCAUUUGUUAGUGUACUUAAUUUUCUUUGGAUAUUUGGCAUUUUAGAUAUUGCAGAAAUAUUAUAUUAAGUGCCUACACAAAUUGUAUAGAAAGAAAGACAGAAAAGACAGCUAGAAUUAAAAGAAAAUCUCAAGAAGCGUGUAAGAUUUUAUCCAUCGAUUUUUUUUCAUUAGUAGGUACUUUUUUUUUCUUAUACUGUACUGUGAUUGCAAAGAGUUUAAUCCGAUGUUUUAUAUCGGAAAAUACAUUUUACCAGUUUUAAAUUAAACAACUUCCAUUCAGUAUAACGAAUAUAGUAGUGGUGAAAAAAUAUAUACAUAAUAUAGUGAAAAACUAUGUGAAAAAAGAGCCUAUAAAAGAAAAAUGUAUUUUUGGUGAAUAUAAUAAUUAUAUUUUAGUGAAA